AGCCUCAGUCUCUUAAUGACUGCAGCGUACGACAGACGACCGUUCGGGAAUGUCAACAAGACGAUGUUUACAAAUACAGAGUGCAUAGCGAAAGCAAUAAAAACUCAUUUGUAGGAUUGACUCAUACGUGAUUUUUUAAAUAGUUUCAAUUUGUUUGUGGUGCAGUCUGAAGAUGUAGAGCUGGGUUAAGAGCAUAUCGUAACCAUCCACCAUGGCACAGGAUAAUACCAAUUCAACAGUCGAGAUGGGCACCAGUGAUCAGAUCCUGGUUGCACCAAAAAAGUCAAAGAAGCUAGUGUACACUAUUGGUUUUAUCGCGAUGUGUGCUGUGAUAGCUGUGGUUAUCACCCUCGCGGUUGUGCUCACAAGGGGUGGUGAUGCUGAAGAUAUUAUAACAACCGAAGGACCGACACCAGUUACAACAACCCCAACAAUCCCAACAACAACACCGAUCACAACAACAACAGAGCCACCGACCACUAAUCCUCCACCGCCAGGGGAUAUGGAUCUGGAUGAUGUUUUAAAUGGAGAAUAUUUACCAACAUCGUUUAAUGGAUCCUGGGUUUCGGGAAGUGAAAUCAUGUUCAGAAAUGCUUAUGGGGAGUUGAUACUAUACAACGUAGACACUUCCAAACCCAGGACACUCGUCGAGAAUUCAUCUCAGAUACUUCAAAAUUCCAACCGCGUGACGGAAUUAUCGGCUGAUCGACGACAUGUAGUGCUCUCCUAUGCAGAGGAAUUGAUAUAUCGCUACAGUUUUGAAGCUUUGUACGUGGUUAUCGAUUCAUCCACUGGAAACAUUUUCAACAUAACGCCUGAAGGGGUUGCCAGCGAUAUGUCAAUUCUUCAAAACUUUGUGUGGGGACCAGUCGGGACAUCCCUGGCAUUUGUAUACAAGAAUAAUAUUUACUACAAGCCUAAUCUGACAUCUCCAGCACAACAAAUAACAUCUUCUGGCAUCGAAAAUGUCAUUUACAACGGCGCGCCUGAUUGGGUCUAUGAAGAGGAGGUGUUCAGUUCCAACAACGCGAUGUGGUUCUCUGGCGACGGUUCGAGGCUGGCGUACGCUUCCUUCAACGAUACCAACGUGCGCGUAAUGAGGAUACCACACUUCGGUGUACCCGGCGCUGUUGAAUUCCAAUACACCAGACAUCGCGAUAUACGUUAUCCCAAGCCUGGAACAGAUAAUCCAUCUGUGACAGUGACCAUCCGUAAUUUAGCGGCCAACAUUGAGAGAACAUUCGCACCCCCCUCUGAUCUUAAUGAACCGAUUCUGGCAAAAGUUCAGUUUAUGGGAAAUCAAAGCAUCGCUAUAAUGUGGAUGAACCGCGUACAAUCAGAACUAAAAGUGGAUGUAUGCUCCGAAGCUAACCAGGAUUGCGUUACAAUAUUUAGAUACAACGAACCCAACGGCUGGAUUACAAACGUACCGAUGGUAUUCAAUGAACAGGGCGAUUCCUUCAUCACUAUUUUACCUGACUCUGUCAAUAAUGUUCGCUACAAACAAAUUCUUCAAGUAUCAAAUACCAAUGGUACCUCUUGGAGCGUACAGAGUAGAACUAACACAGCCCACACAGUGAUAGAUAUCCUGACGUGGACUCCGGAUGAUGUUAUCUGGUACACUGCGUCCGGUAUAAAUGAUACGGCCGAGCAGCAUAUCUACUCUGCCAGCAGCGCUGGUGUCUCUUGCUUCACCUGCACAGUUGUUCGUCCAGAUGGCAGUCCUUGUCUUUAUAACGAGGGCAGCAUAUCUGGCUCGAGGAUCAGUAUCAAUUGCGGUGGGCCAGCGGUACCACAGAUAUUUAUAUACGACGUGAAUGGCACCCGUUUAUCGGUGUGGGAUGACAACGAGAGGAUAUCGAAUCUCUCGUCUGUAGGCAGUCUACCUGUAGUUUUAAGAAGAAAAUUAUCUUUAGGAGCUGGCAUCCCAGAUGCCGAUGUCCAAUUACAAGUACCGAGAGACUAUCAGUCACGCAACAAUGUACCAUUACUCGUUAAUGUCUACGGAGGUCCUGACUCCUCGUUGGUCACAAAGCAAUGGAAUGUUGACUGGGGUUCAUAUUUGGUGAAUCACUAUGGCAUCGCUGUUGCUACCAUCGAUGGAAGAGGAUCUGGUUUGAAGGGAGUCGAGAACAUGUUCGCAGUGCAUAGAAAACUUGGAUCCGUUGAAAUUGAGGACCAAAUUUCUGCGACGAAAUUACUGCAUCAAGAGUUGCCAUGGUUGGACAGUUCUCGCACUUGUAUAUGGGGUUGGUCUUAUGGAGGUUAUGCUGCUUCGCUUGCGCUGGCUCGCGGUGAUGUUUUCAAAUGUGCGAUCGCCGUAGCCCCCGUAGUUGAUUGGCGUUUUUAUGAUUCCAUCUACACGGAAAGAUACUUAGAUACUCCACAGAAUAAUAUUGGAGCGUACAGGAAUUCCAGUCUCUUGUCAGAUCAAGUGGUGGAAGCUUACAGGCGUAAAAGCUAUUUCCUUGUCCACGGGACGGAGGACGAUAAUGUCCACUACCAGCACGCCAUGUUAUUAUCAAGAUUGCUUCAGCGGAGAGACGUGUAUUUCCAUCAAAUGAGUUACACCGACGAAAAUCACACCCUGGCCGGCGUGAAACCACAUUUCUAUCAUGCGCUAGAAAAGUUCCUACGAGAAAACAUGUUGUAGAUUAUAUUGAAUUAUUAUUAUUAUAUUUAUUACAUUUUCAAAGUAAUUGUUUAUAAAUACCAAAAGUAUUUGUAACCAUUUAGUUGCAGGUAGUUAAGGAUGACGGUGCCCCCUUACCAGUAAGUGAACCGGAUCAUCCCUUGAUCCAAAGCAUAGAAAGAAAAAAAGCUUGAUUUUUUUUAAAAUAAUUAAUUAAACAGUAUUUAAAAAAAUCUAAAUGAGCUGCCAAAGUAUUAGUGUUUUAGAGUUAGUAAUCAGUCUGUGGACUUUGCCCCGUUAAUCCCAAAAAACUUGUAUGGAUUUUUCACCAUUCCCACGAAGUAUCAUAAAAAUAUUGGAUUUAUUUAACUAAUUUUAAAUCACUCUUCACACGAAAACAAUGAUUGAAAAUUUUAAAUAUUAUACAAAUAAUAGACCAUAAAAUAUUUUAUGAACAAACUAUAACUCUGGCCUCAUGUAUAUUACGAAUAUAUAAAAAGACGUGAUGAAAAAUUUAUGUUAAAGAUAUUAAAAAUUAGAUUGCAAAUGUGUCACUUAAAUAUGAAUUCAAUAAUGUUAUUGAUGUUUUAAAUAAAUAGUGUAUUUGUAAAUAAUUUUAAUAUUUAAGUAUUAAAUAUUCAAUGUAUGUGCUUUAUAAAAUAA